CCCCCGGAGCCGCGAGGGGGCCUCUCACGAGGCCGAGGGGCUCAGGAGAAGCCCCGUCGCCGUCUGAGCAGGCCUGCCGCCUCUCUGAACCCCCCCCCGUUGGGUGCGCCGCCGAGAGUCGUGUGAGCAUGGGCUUCGUCUCUGUCCCUCCGUGCCCCCCCUCGCCCUCCCCGAUGGCUGCCGCCGUCGCCUCCCCGGAUGUGCUGCGCCUGGGCGACGGCACCGAGAUCAGCCUCGCGAGGGUGCCCGGCGUGGACGAGUCCACAUGGGGCGAGGCGUUCAGGGCGCUCGCGGCUGCCUGCGUGCCGGGCUCCGGGGCCAACCUGCGCCCCCGGGGUUGCCGGCAGGCCUCCAGGCCCGCCGUGGAGGAGCGGCGUGGCCGCCGGGAGGGAGCGGCUCCCGAGGACUUGUCCUGCGCUUUCGGGUGCGAGUGUUGGGUGGCGACAGUGGCAGAGGGCACAACAGACCUCGAGCGCCACCCCUGGGUGGCAAGGGUGAAGGACUACCUGCAGGGCAACCCAGACGUGGCCAAGAAACUGCAGGCCUUCUCGAAGGACCCCGAGGCGAUGCGAGGUUGGCUGCAGACGCAGGCCAUGUCGGACCAUUACCAAAGGAAGCUGGGGGUCGCCGACGAUGAGGUGCAGGGCCGCAUGAGGGCGCUGGAGCAGGACCCGGAGCUCGCCCCCAUCAUCGAGGACAUCAAGAAGCACGGGAUGGAGGCAGUCAUGAGGCACUACCAGGACGAGGAGCUGAUGCUCAAAUUUAGCAAGGCCAUGGGCGGGGUGCCGGAGGAGCUCAAGCCCGCGCUGAAGAAGAUCGACGAGACGCCCCUCUCGCUGCACGAGGCGGCCAAGAUGGGCGACCUCAAGGCUGUCCAGGAACACAUGGAGAAGAAGAGGCCACUGGACGCCCAGGACGCGAGGGGCAUCACCCCGCUGGGCUACGCCGUCGGCGGAAACCGUAUCGCCGUCGUCAAGCUGCUGCUGGACAGCAGGGCCAAUCCAUUCGCGGUCGACUCCAACGGCAACUCGGCGCUUCACUACGCGGCUGGCUACGGGCGCAAGGAGUUGGUAGAGUAUCUGCUUAAGACGGGUGGGAGCGUGGCGCAGGCCAACGCUCAGGGCCGGAAGCCUCUCGACGUCGCCACGCAGAACAGGCACGAUGCUGUGAUCCAGGUUCUGCGAGCUCACGGGGCGCAGUGAUUUGUUAUGUUCGUUGUUCUCCGACGUCGUCAAGUUCUGUUCGUCUGUUUUUGGUGUCACGUUGGCACGGCCGUUCGGCCAGAUGCACGUCGGAAUGUGUACCCUAGUGGUUGGCAUGUGUAUCUUUUUAACCUGCGGAGGGACGCCACCGAGCGCCUCCCAAAGACGACGGCCGCUUCACUAGGCGAGCAGCCGUGCGUCUACACGACAGGCGUGCGUACAGCCUGCUGAGUUCGACGAGCUCAGAGAGCCCUCGCGAUCUCCUCCCCGCCCCCCCGGCGUCCGGGCCCCCCGGGCCGCGUGCCCCGACGAUGGCCCCGCGGGGCGUCCAGAUCCGAUCCUGCGCUCGCCGGUUGGCACCAACGUGAAGUCAGGCGUGCCCCUCUGCAGGAGGACUAUCUUCAAAAAUGCAGUCGGGUUGCUGAAGAAGGAACCCUUCUCGUUGGGGAGGGGCUCCGUAUUCCCUA